AUGGCGGAGGUGUUGGUAAGGGUGGUGGCUUUGGAGGUGGAAUUGGCAAAGGGGGGAGGAAUUGGAGGCGGACAUGGUGGUGGAGUUGGUGGUGGAACUGGUAAAGGUGGAGGAGUUGGAGGUGGAAUUGGUAAAGGGGGAGGAAUUGGAGGUGGAAUUGGAGGUGGGAUAGGCAAGGGGGGGGGAAUUGGAGGUGGAGUUGGUGGCGGGAUUGGUAAAGGGGGAGGAAUCGGAGGUGGACAUGAUGGUGGAGUUGGGGGUGGGAUAGGCAAGGGAGGAGGAAUUGGAGGUGGACAUGGUGGUGGAGUUGGGGGUGGGAUAGGCAAGGGAGGAGGAAUUGGAGGUGGACAUGGUGGUGGAACUGGUAAGGGUGGAGGAUUUGAAGGCGGACAUGGUGGAGGAAUAGGGAAGGGUGGUGGUGUUGGGGGUGGAAUCGGUAAGGGUGGAGUUGGAGGUGGAAUUGGAGGUGGACAUGGUGGUGGAAUUGGUAAGGGUGGGGGGAUUGGAGAUGGUCAUGGAGGUGGCAUUGGAAAGGGCGGGGGGAUUGGAGGUGGCAUUGGAAAGGGUGGAGGGAUUGGAGGUGGAUAUGGCGGUGGAAUAGGAAAGGGUGGAGGAAUUGGAGGUGGAUAUGGUGGUGGUGGUGGUGGAGUUGGAGGAGGGAUAGGCAAGGGAGGAGGAAUUGGAGGGGGGAUUGGAAAAGGAGGAGGAUUUGGAGGAGGUUAUGGAGGUGGAGGUGGUUAUGGUGGAGGUGGUGGCUUUGGCGGAGGAGGAGGAUUUGGUGGUGGGGGAAUUGGUGGUGGGGGGAUUGGUGGUCAUCCUUCUGGAACUCUCAUAAAUGCAGGACACAAUUAG